CAUUAACGCUAUCCAUAGCCUCGACACGAAAUCGCUCGACACGUGGACAUGCAACAAUACAAUUAGCUAGCUUGUCAAUCCGCGAAUGCUCCCUGCGCGCUUUCCAAUAGCACAGAUCUUCACCUGCGGCUUGCUAGUCGGUCUCAAGGCUUCCGCACGGGCCGCUUCCCCUCCGUAACCGCGUCAAGGCUUUUUCACAAAUUAGCCACUAUUCCAGUUGCGUGUUGCAUCUUUUGUUAUCGCUUAAGAUGGAGUCUAAACGCAUUCCCCUUCCUCGCCCCAUUCAUCUACAUUCCCGGCGCCUACCGACGCUGGAGAGUGAGGACGUCGAGGCAAAUCUAGCAUCGGCAAGCUCCAACCAACCGUCUUGGACCCCCGAUAUGCGGAGACAAUGGCGGGAAACUUCUCCACCCAGCCAGAGCACCGGUGAAGAAUCGGAGCCAACACGGGCUAUAUCGACGAAAGGUGGACCACGACGCCCACUUCCUCGGGAGGCCUUUUUCCAGGCCUUUGGGAUGAAAACAUCUUCCCAAGAACAGGAGGGAAACUCUGGAUGUGUGUUUGCUGCGGAGGGAAACUCUGGAUUUGUGUUUGCUGCGGAGGACAACAGAUGGGUGUUGCUGUGCUACGGUAACGGCGGCCAGGGCACUGCCUUCCCUGUGCUUCUCGAAGCAUUUGACGCAGAGACGCAGUGGCGGCAAUUGCGGGAUGCCUGGUACGCAAAGAGAGGCGGUAAACGGCUGAGACAACUCCUACAUGCUCUGGGGUUUGGUGUGAAGAAGAUUGAAAGAGUAAGAAUCUAUAUUCAAGGGCUUCCUCUCAAACCAGACGACGGUUUGGACAUAGCUUACCAGAUUUUGGACGUCACAUCCAAAGUGAGGUUGUUACAAGAAGAGAACCUCGCGACAAACAUUCUUGACAUUACCAGCAGUUGGGAUCCCGACGGCAAUUCUGUCUGCAGCUAUGGUCCCGACGGAAUCUUUGUGGAUAGAUGUCCCCACUGGGAUGAUGGCCGUGGUGUCUGCUGUGAGGCGUUAGCUCAUUUCUGCAGAUGCGUGGAGAUAGGGGAGCUCCAAAUGAUCUCACGCUAUGCUAAACUCCUCCAGGAUCCGAAAUCUGCCGUUACCAACUCGUGUGUAUUCCUGCCCUGGAAGCUAUUCUACAUGGAGAGGGACAUUGAGCAGCAACUUCUGCGAUGCGAGGAUGCGGGGCUUUCGGCCGUUGAGUGGGAGGCACUCCUAUUUACAGAGGGCUGGACUUUUAACUCCAAGUCGAUGGUGUUUCCAGUUCUUGCGACACUGUUUUUUUUGGUGGUUAUGGCAUCAAGAUUUCUGUAUGGAGACUGGGGAACAGCAUGGACGGCGGCAGGUUCUCUGGCUGGUUUUAUAGCCACUGGUCUCAUGUGGAUUCAGAUGGCAAGUAGUCGCUAAGCCAGGAAGGGGGACUCAGACCUGCCCUUAAGAUGAUCUUUUCG